AUGAGCAAGAAAUUUGAUAAGGCAGAUAAUUCUGAAAGUCUUUGUGAAAAAGGAGUAUCAUUAUGUUCUAAGGACUGGGUCAAACUUUCACAAUGUUCUGAUUCUGAAAACUGGGGAACCGAUUCAGAUACACAGAAUGAUUACCAGAAUGAAGACUACAUUAAUACUGUGCAGAUAUAUAACUAUAACUGUCGAAACAAUUUUCUCGUGUUGCCUCUUUCAAAUAAGAGGCACUUGAUUUCCAAGAAGUGUGAAAAUUUGUAUGAAUCUGUAGAAGAGAAUUUAGGUGAGAAAGAUCAAUUACAGAGUACUACAUGUAAUGAAAAUGAUCACAAAAUACUUUCACAAUGUUCAGGAAGUGUUUUUUGGGACAAUUCUGGAAAUAAUAAUUCAAUGCCUAGAAGAAUUCUAGGAAGUGAUUCAAUGUUGCAGCAUGACAAUCUACAGUCGGACCUCAAUGUAUUUUCAGAAAAUAGAAACACACAUCAAGGUCCUCGUGUACACAACUUCAAUUAUGUUGAUAACAGUAAUUUGGAAAAUAUUAAUGUAGUGUGUACUGUUCAUAUAACAAGAUCAUUUUUCCCUGUAAAAAAUAAAGAAAACAGGGUCUUCUCUGAGGAUAUUUUUAUGGAAAGAAUCAUUCCAACAACUAUCUUAAGCCGAUAUAUCUGUGUUAAUCCUUUAAGCACAAUUUCCCAUAAACGUGAGAAUUCUACUGGGCAUAAAGAAAUUGACUGUCCUAUUUCCAUUCAAGCCAAUAAUAAAAAUUCUCUUACCUUUAUAGAAAAUAAAGAAUAUCAAGAAAAUCCUCAAUUAGAUGGGUUUAAUAAUUCAAUAAAAGACUUACUAAUUAAAAGAACAGAAAUGGAACCUUUGUCUUGUGAAGCGGACAUUAAAGAAUCCUUGCUUCAUGUAGAAAAUCCUUUGGACAAUGUGAACAUUGAUGUUCAAAUAACAUCUCCAGUUCAUGCUUCUCAGAUGUCUUCUUCUGAAGAAAAAAACAAAAAUUGUUUUGUUCUUGGUUCUGAUGGUCAAGUUCAAGAGGUAAUUCAAGAGAAUGUGUGGGUUUUUAUGGACCAGUUUAAUUCUGAACUUGACACAGUAUCAAACCCAACAUACCUUACUCGUCUCCAAGGCAUUCAGCCUGCAUUGCGUUUUUCUGGUGGUCCUCAACAAUCUGCAAACAAAGAAUCUAUCUUCUUUGUAUAUCAGACUGAGACAGAAAAAGACGUACAAAUGGAAGAUACUUUAGGGCAAGAAGGCAGUCCAUUACAAAUUAAUAGUAAUACAUUUCUGCUUACUCAGAGUGAAGAUGAUGACAUACUACCAUUUGAUGGAAAUAUAAAGGUCUCUGAAAGGGAUGAUUUAUAUCCAGGAUUUGUAAACAAGGGGACAGUCUUCAUGGGGAUGCCUGGUAACCAGGGCUGA